UUGUGUUUUUACGUUCAGACGUUUGAAUUGUAUUAUCCAAAGGUGAGAAUAGUCUCCCUUGUCAAGGUGUAUGCCGGUGUCCAUUAUAAAGGCCUUGGGCCUGGCAGUCAUCGCCAGCUGCAGGCGACAGCGAGCAGUGACCAUGGCAUUCUCUCAUCAUCCAGCACUUACGCUGGACACAUAAAAACACUGAACUUCCAGAACUAUGAUGUCUAUGGAUUUGAUCUUGACCAUACCCUUGCAAAAUACAAGCUUGUUGAACUGUUCAAACAUGCCUAUACGUGUGUCAUAGACUUCCUUGUGGAACAAAGAGGCUAUACCAGAGAAAACAUUAACGUAGAUUUUGACAAGUACAAAGACUUCAUAUGCAAAGGUCUUUUUCUUGAUGUCAAGCAAGGAAAUAUUUUAAAGCUUGGUGUGGAUGGAGUUAUUCUAAGAGCUAGUCAUGGAACACAUCGGCUGUCUAAGGAACAGAUCAAGGAUAUCUAUGGCAAAGACAUGAAGUGGAAAUUAAGUAACACAUUUGCCAAAACACUUGCUAAUGGAGUUGAGGAGUACCGAUUUUUUGAAAACUACUUUGACUGCCCAGGAUUAGUUGCAACAGCCAGGCUGAUUGAUAUUAUUGAUGAAAAGGACCAUUUGACAAAGGAGAAAAAAGCAGCAGAAUACUCCAAAGCCUGGCGUGAUGUGAUAGAUGCACUUGUGACAAUGUACACCCCAUCACAUUUUGCAGAUGGAAAAGGUGGUUAUUUCCCUAGUGUCCAGAAGGACCCCCAUCAGUUUGUUGAGAAAUGCAGUGAAGACAUCAAACUCUGGCUUAAGUCACUUAGGCAGCCAGACAAAUUAGUUUUCCUUCUUACUGCCUCACAGAUUGAUUAUGCAUCAUGUCUUCUAAAAGUCAUCUUAGGUUGCAAUUGGCAGUCAUACUUUGACAUUUCACUUUUUCAUGCGCGGAAACCAGGAUUUUUCACUGACUUCAAACCCUUCUACAAAUUAGAGGGUGAACGAGAAGGAGAAGUAAUAACUGAGCUUGAAAUGGGUGGUUGUUAUAGUCAAGGAAAUGCAAGUGACUUCAGCAACUUUCUGGGAUCCUGUCUUGGAAAGAACGACCUUAAGGUAUUGUACUUUGGUGACAGCAUCUGCUCUGACUGUGUCCCUUCAAAGUACACAGAUUGGGAUUCUGUUCUACUUUUGGAAGAAAUGGAUGCAGAAGGCUACCUGUGCUCAGAUGGUACUGUUCCAGGUCAUGAACAGGAUGCUGUGGACAGAAUCAGUGAACCAAGACAUAGAAUGAAAGAAAAUGUAUUCCAGCACAGCUCACUAGUCACGGAGGAAGAAAAAGAGUUACUCUUGAGUGAUUUUUGGGGCCCAUUCCUUGUCGACAUGCCCAGAAAGAAUCAGGAUAGCAACAUUAUGAUGAACACGUUCUGGGGUGAUGUCAUAAGCCGCUACAGUGACAUUACAGUUCCUAGUCUGGAAUAUCUGGCAGGUGUGCCACUGGAUCACGAAUAUACUUGUUUUACAGGUAAGAGUGGAAACAUAAACGGGUUCCAUCCAGGUCCACCAAGUUCCCUUCUUCCUUAAGUAUAGGUACAACGGGUAAAAAUAUAAAGCUAUGCAUCACGCAUUUUGUCUUUGUGUAACUCAAGAAAAGGUGCUGUCUUUCAAAAUGGUGGAUAAAAUGUUGUUUUGUUAGAAAUGGGUAUUUCCUGAUUCUGCAUGAGUUCCUUGUGUGUAAAUAUUUGAGGCAUAAAAGCACAUACCAGAAUGCAUUUAUAGGAUGGGAUUCGCCAAUGGUAUUCACAAAUUAGAUUUAAGCUGUGUAAACAUAAUUUCAUGUGCUGAGUUGAAUUAAUAUCGAUACUGUGUAUCAGGGCUGGAGCUGUCAAGCCAUAUGUCCCUUUAGAGUUUAGAGAACGAAAAAAGCAUUCAGAAAUAUUCAUGAUGCUUUGGGAAAACUUCUUUGGAAAAAUAAAAAUCCAACAUUUGAUUGAAGUGAAA